CAAAAUAUUAAUAUAAACCAUAAUAGUAUUUCAAUAAUACUAAAAUAACACUGUUCUGUACAAUCCUGUACAUUCCUCAAAGCCCGAGAACAGGUGAUGGAAACUAACUAACUGCCCGUGUAAAUAUACCGGAUAACUCAAGACACUUUGCCUCUCAGUAUGUUUGUCUGAUCUGCUUACGGCUGACAGACACAAAUGAGUUGUGUUCGGCAGUGACUUGCCCAAACCUAAUGUGUGAACCACUAGGGACCAGAGAAGUGGCUUAUUUAUUGAAGCCAAGUCCAAUCUCUGGUGUGGCCAUGGACAAACUCAAAUAGAUUCAUUGCAUGACACUGCUUGCAAUGCAAAUGUAUUAAUAUCCCCGGCUGUAGAGAUGCACACUAACCUAACCCUAGAGUAGGCGCUGUGUAGGUACGAGCCACGUCCUACUGAACUGGCCUGAGUCCCACAAGGUCACGGGGCUUCCUGCUUUCAAAUUUAGCUUCAUGAAAAGCCAUGGAUUAUGUCUUGGGACUCUCAUAUUUCGUCUUCAGAGGAGUGGUUGUGAUGGCCACCCCUCAGGUGUUAAGAGGUGGGAGAUAUUUCAAUCACACUGCACUCGUUCUGUCGCUCCUCUCUGUCUGCACUGCAUUCAUUCAACGGAGAGGAACUUGAGUUGGGUUUUGGAUUUAUUAUGAAGAACUUGAGGACUUAUGAGUGAUAUGUGGGAUGUGACAGACCUUUGAACUACGGACUAAACACAGGAUUCAGCGUGCAGAAAGUUUGAGGAGGUGUCAUGGAUACGUUAGCUUUAGAGGCAAAAGCAGGAAAGACUGAUGGCGCAGCAGCUCCUGCUCCCUCUAAACCCAGGCCAAAACCUCCUAAAAAAGCGAGACGAAUUGUUUACUUUGAGGUGGAGAUACUACAUGUCAAAACCCGUGAAAAACUACUGCUCCUGGAUAAGGUAGAGCCAACAGCCACUAUUUUGGACAUUAAGUCUCUGUUCCACAAAUCAAAUCCACAAUGGUAUCCUGCCAGACAGUCUUUAUGCCUGGACCCAAAAGGAAAACCCUUAAGAGAUGAAGAUAUCCUGCAGGAGCUCCCUGUGGGAACCACUGCAACCUUCUACUUUAAAGACCUGGGAUCCCAGAUGACCUGGGGAACUGUGUUCCUAAUCGAGUGCAUUGGACCACUUGUCAUAUACCUGCUGUUUUAUUUUCGACUCCCUUUAAUCUACGCUCCCAAGUAUGAGUUCACCGCCAGUAAGCAUUUGGUUGUGCAUAUAGCCUGUAUGUGUCACUCCUUCCACUAUGGGAAGCGAAUCUUGGAGACGUUGUUCGUCCACCGCUUCUCCCAUGGCACCAUGCCGAUGCGCAACAUUUUCAAAAACGGCUCCUAUUACUGGUGCUCUGCUGCAUGGAUGGCUUAUUACAUCAAUCACCCUCUCUACACGCCGCCAUAUUAUGGGGAGAAGCAGGUGAAGGCAGCGCUGGGAAUCUUUCUAUUCUGUCAACUGGGCAGCUUGUCGAUUCACAUGGCUCUGCGUAAUCUCAAACUAUCUGGCACGAAGGUUAAGAAGAUUCCUUAUCCAACCAAGAAUCCUUUUACAUGGAUAUUUGCACUUGUUUCAUGCCCAAACUACACAUAUGAGCUGGGCUCCUGGAUUGGAUUCACACUGAUGACCCAGUGUGUGCCCGUGUUGUUCUUCACUGUGGUGGGAUUCAUACAGAUGACGAUUUGGGCCAAAGGAAAGCAUCGCAGCUACCUGAAGGAGUUCAAAGAGUAUCCCACACUGCGCUCCCCAAUCCUACCUUUCAUCCUAUAGCAGGAAAACAAACCACUCAA